CACACAGCUAGUAUUUGGACUGGUCACUUCCAGAUUUAAGCAUUCCCAUUCGCAAUUAAUCGUAUACAACCCGUCACUACGAACAUCCAAUUUCCUCUUCUCGGAGUCGGUGGACCCAGUUUUACUUAAUACUAAGGGAGAUUUUGUAAGACUUGCAGAAGGCCUGUAUUUUGCAAAGUCAUUUUUUUGAAAUUCUGCGCUAAGAAGUAGAAAAAACUACUGAAGCUGCACAAGAGACAAAAAAAAGGAAACGCUGCAAGCUCACUCUUCACUUGCGCUUUCACGUAAAAACAAGUAACAGUCGUGGGCUUUUUUUUUUCACUUACCCCCUGCUUCCUCCAGGCUAUUUCUCUACGAAAUUAUAAAUGAUGUUAGCCGCCCAUUCUUCACGGGUGCACGACAAGGGACGGCUCUCUCAGAGUCCCCGCAUGCAUGUCCCUGCCUCUAUCGUUGCUGGUGCGAAGAUUUUUGGGUUAAUGUUGCAACUUUGCUGCUCCUUGUCGUCCCUGUUCGUCCACGUAGAAGGAUUUCAGGUGAUGACCCCAGCAACGAGCCGCUUUUCGCUAUCUUCUCUAUGUCUAGGUCGGACGAAGGGCAAGGCUGCAGCUUCUCACGACCCACUUGUGGAUUUGUUCACACGAGAGCCUGGGCUGGCGGACCAGGUUCUGUCCUUCCUUGACCCUGUACAACGUAUCAACAGAAAAAAGCGAGCGCGUCGCUAUGUUCGAAAAUUUUGUCAUGAUAGAAAUAAUAAAUAUGCGUACUUCCCGUCGUAAUUAGAAUUACACAAAAUGAAACGAUCUACCAUGGAGGACGAGCCGCUACUGUGCUCCUGGUCACGAAUGUUGACACGUCAGACGAGACAGGAGAUUGUUUUCAACUCAAAAUUGUGCAUGCUCUAGCUUUUUUCCGGAUGAUAACUGAGGGGCAGCUCCCAGCAGCAAGCCGUCUCAUGAAAGCAGGAGUGAGGCAGCAAGACAUACGCCUCCGGCAGCAAAAAACUUUCCGAGCCCUCCUGCAGCCACUUCUAUCUCAAGACGAAAGCACAAGGACUGAUGCGCGCCAGGGUGGCUUUGUUUUUCCGGAGGAGGUCAUACAAUCGUUCGAAGAAAACGCAAUGGCGGUCCGGCGCGCACUCUUUGCUCUGCAGGGAGAGAACCUGCAAGAUGGGACCACCGUGGCUCCCAACAGAAGGAAUAUGUCUUGGAUCAGGACACUCUGGAAGCGUGUGACCAAGCAGCCGUUCUUGCAUACUCAAUACCCCAAAACUCUAGCGCACGCCCUGACUGAAUUAGAAACGCAGCUUGGGCACGAAACGGAAGACAUGGUGGUUGAGGACUCGUCGGAGCUGCAACGGAGGCACUAUCGUAAGCCGCACUUUGUCGCGGUUGCGGAACCAAAACCUUUCGGACUUCAAAACGUCGGUGAUCACCGCUAUCCCGGUACUUGUUUAAGGCUCGUGUCAGCAGUCGUGGACAACGAGGAGGACUACGGUAAGUGGCAGAAGAGUAAUGGUUCCCCAGAAACCACCACACUGUACGACAAGUACAUUAAUUUUCCAGACUCUCGACCAGGACCACGGCGGGUGGAGCUCCAGCACUGCCGGCACACCAGCCAGAAGCCUAGUAUCAAAUGGCAAAAAGCCUCUCGCGCUCGCCAGCAACCACUUGGGACAUGAUGGCGCCCGAAAGUUGUAUAUUGAAUCUGUAUGAUUUUUGCUGGACAAAUUGAUGCGCUGUCUUGUCGAGUGCACCAAUAUGAUUUCCUAUAUCAAUCGCGUUCUUUGGUUUGACAUAAAGCUAGAAGCGGCUUUCGCUUGUUCACAAGCUGUCUAUCUUACCCUUGCGUGGACGUGAAAAUCAAUAUGUCCACAACUUUGUACUCGCUCCAACCAUCAAUCUAGCAUCAUGCGACGCAACCCAUCAAUAAUGAUGGGUACAAGGAAAAAUGCGUGGCGCUUUUUUGUUUGAUACAGCGAACGGCGCUGCGGCUUGCAUCAGCUUGGAAACCUGCAGCCGGAUUCCCCCACUUCAGUGACGAAGAAAACGAACGUCUUUGGGAGGACUACGGUAGUAUCCUCAAAGUCACCGGCCACUGCAGCGUAGUACUCGCCAAAUCAAGCAACUACACAGACGCAGCUUCCACCUUGACGACCAAAGACGAGCUGCACACGGCCGCCCGGAGCGGCGAGGAACUUUUUGCCGGCUUGAAGCUACAAAUUUCUCUGACUCUUCGCCAAGACGAAGACCGGGCCCGACAGCUGAAGUCUCAAGUUGUGGUCGAGAUCUCGAACAGAAAUGAAUUUUGAGUGGCUCGGGGACAAAUGUCUCUCGACUAGAAGAAGAAGAGGAUUUAUUUUGCACUAAAAAUUUCUUUCUGCUACAGUACAACUUGCGCGACACAGCAGAGUCUGUUGCGCUGGCGUUUUUUUUUUUGUCCGGUAGUGGACAACUGCUACUCCUACUCCUCCUGCCGUUCAUUUGAAAAAAAUCGACCUCAACAGUAAAGAACCUCAAGAACAGUGGUCGCGUCGUGCGGGUCCCCCUGCAUUGAAAAUUUUCGUCGAAUUUGCAGGAUCUUCUUCGGCUAGGUCCUCAAGUCUUGCGGUUGGAGCAAGAAAUAAAUCACUUUUCCUACAUCACUGACACAAAAGAAGAUGAAGAAAAAAGUAGCAUGUUGUACUUGAACAGUACGUGGUAGCUACUGAUCUUGACUGCCCAAGUACUUCUUUCGAAAUUCGAUUGCUGUAUACCUGUCGCUGUCCCUGUCGCUAGUAUGAUCCGCAUGACUUUCCGAAAAUGUUGCUUUUGAAUAAAUCUUCAUUACACAACAACUCAGAUAUUUCUUCGAACGCGGUAAGUAGCAGUAAAUCGCCGGAGAAGAAAAGAUGAACAUACCAAGAGCAAAUGGAACAAGCCAC